AAAAACUAUUAGUAGACAAGGAGUUUGAGGAUAAAAUCAGUGAGUAUCAAAUAGGACAACCUCAAGGAGCACUAACUAUCCUUGAUAAAUAUAGUAAUUUUAUAGGAUUUAUAAUAUCUAAACCUGAAGAAAAAGAAGGAAGAUCUGAAAUAGCUUAUGCAUUAUCUAGCUUAGAAGAAGGACUUGAUAAACAGAAUGAGCAAUAUCAAAAUAUUCAAAAAAAAUUUCAAUGCUUUAAAGGUGAAGAAUUAGAACAAUUUAGA